GCACAGUUGAGUUCCCUCUGGGUCGGCUGUACGAUGAAGGCGACCGUACUAUUGGUACUCGGCCUGGCCGCUAUGGCCAUGGCUAGAGAGAUAACAGAUGACCAUAACACGGUUAAAUUUGACGUCAAAGAAAGACAGAAGUUGAUUCUGAAGCUACUGAAUCAUGUUACGGAACCCUGCAUGUACAAGGAAAUCGUUGAUAUAGCCAAAAACUUCAAGAUUGAGGACUGCGUAGAUCUCUACACCAAAACCGAUGUACACAAACGUUUUGUGAAGACGCUUAAGUUUGGCGUGCUUCCACGUGGUGAAGUUUUUACGCUCCACAUCGACCGUCAGCUUGACGAGGUAGUAACCAUGUUCCACAUGCUCUACUACGCCAAGGACUUUGAGACCUUCAUCAAGACCGCCUGUUGGAUGCGUUGUUACAUGAACGAGGGCAUGUUUGUCUACGCACUUACUGUUGCUUGUAGACACCGUGAGGACUGCAGGGGCAUCAUUCUGCCUCCUCCCUACGAAAUCUAUCCGUACUACUUUGUGCGUGGCGAUGUUAUUCAAAAGGCUUACAUGUUGAAGAUGAAGAGGGGAUUGCUCGACCACAAACUAUGCGACUUCUAUGGCAUUAAGAAGACUGACAAGGACGUUUACAUAAUCGAUGAAAACGUAUACGACAAACGUGUGUACCUUAAUGAUGAAGACAGGUUGAGAUACUUCACUGAAGACAUUGAUCUGAACACCUACUACUACUACUUCCACAUCGACCAUCCAUUCUGGAUGAAGGACGCUAUUUUUGACAAAUAUAAGACCAGGCGUUGCGAACUGACUCUGUAUAUUUACCAACAAAUCUUAGCCAGGUACUAUCUUGAGAGAUUAUCAAAUGGACUGGGAGAAAUCAAAACUCUGUCCUGGCACAAGCCCAUCAGGAAGGGCUACUGGCCUUGGCUGAAACUGCAUAACGGUGUACAAAUCCCCAACAGGAUGAACAACUAUGUCAUUGUCCGCGACGAUAACGUUGAUGUUGUUACUCUAGCUCAGACUUACGAGAGGAUCAUAAGGGAAGCUAUUGUCAAGGGAUAUUGUGAAAUCAACGGCAAGAGGUUUGAGUUGAAGAAGACUGAGGAUAUCGAAACUCUAGGAAAACUUAUUUACGGUAAAAUUGACAAGGACAUAAUUACCGACGUUACCGAUAAGGACCGUGUUGAAGCUUAUCGUUACCUGCUUAUCGUUAUGAAGGCCUGCCUUGGACUUAACGUUUUUAAAUCAGACAAAUACUUCGUUGUGCCCUCAAUUUUGGAUCAGUACCAUACUGCUCUGCGUGACCCUGUCUUCUACAAGCUCCAGAAGCGUCUGGUAGACUUGGUUGUUUUGUUCAAGAGACGUCUGCCGUGUUACACUAAGGAUGAUCUUCUGUUCCCCGGUGUUAAAAUCGACAACAUUGUAGUAGACAAACUCGUUACCUAUUUCGAUGACUACCUUAUGGACAUGACUAACGCCGUAACUUUGACCGAUGAAGAAAUGAAGAAGACUAAAUCCGACAUGGUCUUCAUGGUUCGCAAACGCCGUAUGAAUCACCAACCUUUCAAAGUAACUAUCGAUGUCUUGUCUGACAAGACAGUCGACUGUGUUGUGAGAAUCUUCUUGGGACCCAAGGAAGACCACUUACACCGACUGAUUGACAUCAACAGAAACCGUCUUAACUUUGUUGAGCUUGACUCUUUCUUAUACAAACUGAACAAUGGCAAGAACACUAUUGUCAGAGAUUCCAAGGAGAUGCACAACCUGGUGCGCGAUCGUAUUAUGACCCGUGACUUAUGGAAGAAGAUCGAUGGUAUUACUGACAUGCGUGAUUUGUUAGUGAAGGACCUGAGGAAUUACGUGACUGGAUUCCCGACUAGGCUGUUAUUGCCCAGGGGUCAUGUGGGAGGCAUGAAGAUGAUGCUGUAUUGUAUUGUCACUCCGUUGAGACUGGUCGACAAUAUGGAUCUGACACUCUUGGACACGAACCGCAAAGACCUUGUUAUGGACUUUAGGUCAACUGUCCUUCUCGACAAAAUGCCGCUUGGUUUCCCCUUCGAUCGUCAUAUUGAUGUAACUAAGUUCUUUACGCCGAACAUGAAGUUUGUUGAUGUCAUGAUCUUCCACAAGAGGCAGGAUUGCGACAUGAAGACUCGCUGGAACAGAUGGGUUCUGAAGCACUACGACAUGGGACACAUGACCUCCAUCGACGACGACAAGGUGUUUGUCGAUGUCGACCUCAACACUCACAUCGACCGUGAUGUCAAUCUUCUGAACGUUGAUUUCUGAAUAAUAUAAUAAUUAACUUCUCGUGUAUGAUGAAU